AUGGCUGGUCCACUAUCAGUCUUCCUCUUUGGGGACCAGGACAGCCAAUGUAGAGAUCAUUUGGGAGAGCUUAUGUUGACUGGAAGUAAUCCAAUACUCAACACUUUCUUUGAUCAGGCAGCCCUGUCCCUCCGACAAGAGAUCCAGAGAUUGCCAUGGUCUCAACGAGAUAGCUUCCCGUCGUUUAGCAAUUUCCUUGACCUUUUGGCCAUCGAAGCCUCCAAGCCACUGCAUCCUGGAUUGCAAUUGGCUUUAUCGACCGGUGACAGUCGAAAGAGCUGGGAGACCAAGAAUUCAGUUUCGAGUACAUCCAGCUAUACAUUCGGUCUCGGCACUGGUCUACUGGCAGCAGCUGCAACAAGCUGCUACACAAAUCUUGAGCAGUUCAUACCAAUCGCUCUAGAUACAGUGCUCAUUAGCUUCCGAAUCGGGUUGCUCGCAGCUAACACACGAGAUCAAAUUGUCGACCGAGCUGAUGUAGGCUCAUGGCGUAUCAGAGUAGAGACUGACAAGCCAGCGUCGGUACUUUCCCAAGUGGAGGACUUUUGCGCCCAGAAGCACCUGCAACCAUGGUCAAAGCCAUAUGCUUGCGACACUUCCGAGACUUCGGUGCUGUUAGGCGGUCCUCCUGCAACACUCGAGGCGCUGACCCAAGCCUACUCCCUCAAAGCAUCCCCAUCUGCGGUCUAUGCCCCAUUUCAUGCCUCAACUAUAUACUCAGAAAAUGAUGUCGAGGCUAUUUCACAAUCGUUCUCCCCAGCACUGACACACGUGGUGUCCAAGCUUACCUUGUUGUCUCAUCAUAACGGAACAGCCUUGCCGCCUCAGACUCUACCCUCGCUUCUCAGAAUGGCUGUACGUGCUAUCCUGUCUGAAAGCCUCGCCUCAGACGCCGCACUCCAUUCUAUCAAAGGCAUGACCCAAUCUCAAGCCUCCCAACCCUGCACUGUCAUAUCAAUUGGUGCACCCUAUGGCUCGAGAUUGGAAUCUGUGCUCGAAACUACCGAAUCUAGCCUCGAGAGAAUGACCUAUGUAAACGAUGAGACAAUCGUAAGUCAUGCUACAAAGGCGCAAUAUGCGAGGCAGUCAAAGAUUGCCAUCACAGGCUUCUCUGGCAGAUUUCCACAAGCCAAAAAUAAUGAAGCCUUUUGGGAUGUCAUCCAUAACGGAGUUGAUACGCACGCGGUCACACCAAAAUCACGAUGGGAUGUGAAAACGCACGUCGACCCAACCUUGAAAGGAAAAAACACAAGCGCGGCGGCAUACGGGUGCUGGCUAGACACUCCUGGCGCCUUCGACCGCUCCUUCUUCAGUAUCUCACCUCGUGAAGCCCCACAGAUGGACCCUGCGCAAAGACUGGCCAUGAUGUGCGCAUACGAGGCGGUAGAGAUGUCGGGUAUUGUCACCGAUUCCACACCGUCUACGAUGAAAAGCCGCGUCGGCGUCUUCAUCGGCACUACUAGCAGUGAUUGGUGCGAAACCAACAGCGCUCAGGACGUAGACAAUUACUUCAUUCCUGGCGGAAAUCGUGCGUUUAUACCUGGACGCGUUAAUUACUAUUUCAAGUUUAGCGGACCGAGCUUCAGUGUCGAUACAGCGUGCUCUUCAAGCCUUGCUGCAACACAUUUGGCAUGUAAUGCACUUUGGAGGGGCGACAUCGAUUGCGCUAUUAUUGGAGGAACAAACGUCUUGACAAACCCUGACGUUACGGCUGGGCUUGACCGCGGUCACUUCCUGUCUCGCACUGGAAAUUGUAAGACUUUUGAUGAUGAAGCGGAUGGAUACUGCCGUGGAGAGGGUACAGGGAUAAUCGUUUUGAAGCGUCUGGAAGAUGCUCAAGCCGAUAAUGAUCCAAUUCAUGGCUGUAUACUUGCGGCAGCCACAAACCAUUCUGCAGAGGCGGAAUCUAUCACAAGACCUCAUGUGGGCGCGCAGCGAACGUUAUUCUCUGACGUCCUAGCAAAAGGAGGUGUGCAUCCAAACGAUAUUAGCUAUGUGGAGAUGCAUGGCACCGGCACUCAAGCUGGAGAUGGCAGAGAGAUGGCCUCAGUCUCACAAACUUUCGCUCCUUGGCCACAAGGUGAUCCACGUUGCAGAACCAACGAUCUGCAUGUUGGCUCUGUGAAAGCCAACGUCGGCCAUGGUGAAGCAGCUGCCGGAGUCACGGCUCUAAUCAAGGUGCUGUUGAUGAUGCAGAAGGACGAAAUCCCCCCUCACUGUGGCAUCAAGACCAAGAUCAAUCAAACAUUCCCACCCGACUUGAAGGAGCGUCGUGUACUCAUUGCUGACCGACCAAAGCCGUGGGUCAGAUCGAACAAGCCUCGAAGGGUGCUGCUAAACAACUUCUCUGCCGCCGGUGGAAAUUCUUGUGUACUACUCGAAGAUGGACCAGGAGCAGGAGCGGAAGACCUACACACCCGUCCAGAUACACGUCCUGCCCACGUAGUAACUUUGACCGCAAAGAGCAAGACAGCACUUGAAGCCAAUACCAAAUCGUUGGCUAGUCUACUCAAGUCCUCCAACAGUAUUUCGCUCAGCGAUCUAGCGUAUACGUCGACAGCCAGGCGCCUACAUUACAACUUCCGGGCUUCAUACCCGGCUCAAACAAUUCAAGAGCUCGCCGCGUCUCUCGAGCGUGACACAGCGGACCCUCCCCAGCAGGCCCGAGGUGCCCCGAAGAUACUCUUUGCUUUCUCUGGACAAGGCUCCACCCAUGCCGGUAUGGGAAGGUACCUCUAUGAGACCAAUUCCAGCUUCAGGACAGCCUUGGAUCGAUUCGAUACUAUCACACAAUCUCAAGGAUUUGGAUCUAUCCUCCCUUAUAUUCGAGGCACUGGAGAUGCAAACGACGAAUCAGCUGCUUCAAUCACGCAACUCUCCCAAGUGGCCCUCCAGAUGGCACUAGCUCGACUUUGGGACAGCUGGGGAAUUUCUCCAGCUGGCGUGCUUGGUCAUAGUCUGGGUGAAUAUGCCGCCCUCAACUUUGCCGGCGUUUUGUCAGAUUUCGACACCUUAUGGGUUUGUGGGCAACGUGCUAAGCUCCUUGAGUCCCACUGCAAGGCAGGCACACAUGCUAUGCUUGCGAUACGCAGCUCGCAAGCCGACGUCGACGCAUGCUUGAGUGGCGUCGCGACUGAAAUUGCCUGCAUGAAUGGUGCUCAACAGACCGUCAUCAGUGGUUCAAAUGCAGACAUUGAUCAAGCAAGCGCUCGGUUGACUUCGAAAGGGAUCAACUUCAGCCGGAUGAAGGUACCAUAUGCCUUCCACUCAAGUCAGCUGCAACCCAUCUUAGGGGACUUCUCAAAGAUUCUCAAUGGAAUCACCCUUAGAUCUCCAAAGGUGCCAAUCUUUAGUCCUCUCACGUCCAAAGUGAUCAAACCAGGUGAUGAGGUGGACAGAGACUAUCUGCUACGCCAGUGUCGUGAAGCUGUCAACCUCGUUGGCGCCGUGCAAGCUGGUGAAGAUGCUUCUCUCCUGAACGACCGUACCCACAUUAUUGAGAUCGGCCCAAGCAAUGUUCUUGCAAGGCUUACCCAGCGCGCAACGCAACAUUCGCCUACAAUCAUGCCAUCGCUUGAAACGAAUCAGGAUUCGUGGCUAGUGCUGAGCAAAAGCGUUGCAGCUGCGUAUCGCGUUGGCUGCAACAUCAAUUGGGCUCAAUACCAUAGAGACUAUGACCAUGCUGUUAUUCAACUACCAUCUUAUAACUGGGAUCUCAAGGAUUACUGGAUCCAGUAUGUGAAUGACUGGUCUCUACGUAAGGGAGACCCAUUGCCUAUUGCAGCCGCGGCAUCUGAGUUGCAGUUGACCACAACUUCCUGCCAAAAGGUGAUCUCAGCAAAAUCAGAGGUAAUGAAAUAG